UCUGAAAUUCUCUUCUGAGUCUACUACUACAAACUCCUUCAGCAUUCAUUGUUUAAGCUACUGCAUCGCCUCCCCCUUCCCCCCUCCCUUGGCUUGAAGAAUGAACAAGUUUAAGAAGUCUCAAAUUCUUAUGCUAUCUCUCCUAGCUGCACUUCUCUUAAUUGCACCACUCUUAUCAUCGUCUUUAAGGCCUACUUACCUUUACUUUGUCCUCAAUUUCCUCAUCAUAUCACUUGGAGUAGAAGCUGGCCUUCUCUCAUUCUUCUCCGGGCCGUUAGAAGACAACAGGAAAGCUUUUAAACCCAUUGCAACCAAAGAAUCCUCCACUCUUGAGCCUGAUGACAAGAAACAGGUUGCUAGUUUGGAAUGCAGUGACAAGAAAGAUAAGGUGGUAGAGAAAUCAGCAUCUGAGAAGAUUCCUGUUGCUGUCAAAGUAGAGAAAGUGAAAAAGUGCCCCUCCAUGCCAAGCCUUUUCUUCAUAGGAGGCGGAGAGGCUGACGCAGAAGAUGUUGCUGUGGAGUAUGAGGAGGAGGAGGAAGAUAAGCAUGGGGGGCAGGAGUUGUUUGCCAAAGCUGAGACUUUCAUCGGCAACUUCUACAAGCAGUUGAAGAUGCAGAGGGAAGAGUCUUGGACGAGAAUUCAUGGAUUCUAUCAGAAAGCCUUUUAAGAAUAUAACUAAGUUGCUCUUUCCUUUGGUAUAUGUUGGGGUCAUGGUGUUAAAAUCAGUUUAGGAUCAUUGGCGUGCGAAGCUAUGCAUUAUUAUUCCAUUGGUGCUUGUUCCUUUUGUUGAGUCUAAAAAGGAUUUUAAGUAGCAAGUAAUAUUUGUCCCUGUUCCCCUUAGUCUAAUCAGAUACUUCAGACAAUAUUUUAACUGAAGUUGUCAUGAAACAAGAAACAAGCAGACAUCUG